AUGGCUAAAAGAGAUCUUCAUAUAUGUUGUGCAAAAGAAAAUGUAGGAAAUCGUUUCAACAAAAACCGAUAUCGCCAUUUAAAUGUUUUCAAUCUAGUGAAAGUGUCAUUAGUAAUAUUUGUAGCUUUUAAUGUUAACCUAAGUGAAUGUAAAGAAAACAAAACAAGUGAUGGAGCAGAAACACUUAAACAAGAUAUAGCGAAACGUAUGAAAGUGAUCGAAAGUGUAACUGGUAGGUUUUUUAGUGACGUUUACGAGAAUGGUACAUUCAGAACUGGUAAUUUGUUGUGGGAUAAUAUUUUGAAUAAGUGUACUGGAAAAAUGUCUGUAAGUUGUUUACAGAAGAACGUCUACAGUUAUUUGGACGAUAGCUUAAAGUUUAAUGGUGAUAUUGACAUAGGUCAUGGUGUGUGUUUUAAGAAAAAUAACGUGGACGUGAGAAAAUUUAGUGAUGAAGCUAACAUCAUCUACCUCAGUGGUAAUCCUAAUAAGGAUUUUGAAGGGAGAUAUUUGGAUGAGGAAAAUGAAAUCCACGAUGAAGAAGAACCAGAAUCACCAUUUGAAGAAGUUACAGACGCAUUGUACGACAAAGGAAUAAAAUUCUUAGUGACCCAUGACAUGAAGCUGACGUUACCAGAGUUUUUCUUUGAAGGGGCUACAUUGAAGAUAUCACCAAGAGCUUUAACCAAGACUGGAGCAUUAGUUCAUAUUGACUUGGAGCCAAAAGUCAGCAGUGUGGGACAAGGAAGGCUGUUCUUUCAUAAAAUAAAAAAAUAUAUAAGGAAAAAGCUCCUCACGGCCGCGAUAGCCAUAAUUCUUGUGAUCAAAUUGAUAGCUUUAAAGGUUGUAUUUGUCCUUCCUCUCAUAAUGGGUGUGACAACAGCAAAGAAGAUGUUCCUGAAAUUCCUCCUGUUUCUGUUUCCCGCUCUCAGUCAUAUAUUCAAGUUGUGCUCGUGGUACCACCAGAACUAUCACACUACGAAGUAUCAUCAUCAUCACCAUUUGAUCACACAUCAUCAUAAGCCUUCACAUUCAUACGGUCAUCCAUCUUCUACCGUUGUCGUACGACCUCACGCCGACGGACCACCUCCUUCCUUUGACCACUAUCCUCAAGAUUGGGAACUGUCUGGUCCUGGACUUGGUAAUGAGUACGUCGCCUCCGGUAUAUCGGGCAUACACAGAAAUGCCAUCGCAAACUUCAAACCUGACAUAAACGACGCGAACGAUAUCAACGCUUGGGGUCUUGCUAUGCCGCCAGGACACUCUCAGAAUGUUGGGGAAUAUGCAAGCACUAACAAUAUAGCUCAAGUACUACCUUCGCCUAAUACAGGACAGAGAAUAAACUUACCCAAUGCCGGCAGACCAAUAGGACCAUCAAAUCCAUAUCGAAAUAAGAAGAAUCAAAUACAAAGGGAUCCAUUACAAAUGGAGAAGGAAGCUUUAAUUCGCGCAGCGGCGUUAGCGGCGAGGGCACCUCCGUCUCCGGUACGAGAUGAAAUUCUAAGGGUGUCUGCUGCAAAGCUGACCGAGACUAAUCGAGUCAAGACCGAGACGGAACUCGUUAAACAACAGCAACAGAUAUUGGCUGCACAAGACCCAGAAACCGUCACAGCUGAGAAAUUCUACGGCGCGCUAUUAGAGAAAGUAGACAAAAUCCUUGGCUCUAUUGGAGCAGCAGACCCUGGGUGUAGGAACAGGGCCGUGUGUGCUUUAUAUAGGGACCCGUUCCGACAUACGCCUUACAGCAAUCUAGUCUCUAAUGAGCUGAGCAAGGACUCCAGUGAAUUAGUCCCACCAGCUGACAGCAAGAUGGCGUUGCUCUACUACAACUACGUUCAAGCCGCGAGAGAUGGACAAGAACACAAAGACUGCAUAGCGUUGUAUCCUCAUUGCAAUAUUGAUUACAGCAAAUAA